AUGCAAGAACCCAGCGAGACCGAUACUCUCCUCCCCCAUCACAGGAACAAUGGCAAAAACUCAGCCCUCAAAAGAUUGCUACACCACCUCAACACUCCCCUCUCCACUCAUCACACCGACCUGAUCCUCCUUUACUGCUACAUAAUCACCGGUCUACUCGACAGCUCCGCUGUUUUUAUUUGGGGAUCCUUUGUGAGCAUGCAAACCGGUAAUACAGUCUAUUUAGGACUCGGUUUAGCAUCGCAAUCGAGUCAGAGCACCGGAGGAGGAGGCGGAGGUGAAGACGACCGCUGGAUCAAAUCCGGUAUAUCAAUAGCCAGCUUCUGUUUUGGGUCGCUGUGUUUCGGCGCGUUCCAUCGAACAUUCUCCCCGAGAAAGAGAUGGGUUCUCAUGGCCAGUUUCGCUAUUCAAAUGGCUUGUAUCGUCUGUGCGGCGACGAUAGUUAGUCUGGAACGGCCAUCUAAACAUUCCCCCUUGACAUGGCGGGUAUCCGUCCCGUUGGCCAUGGUGGCUUUUCAGAGUAGUGGACAAGCCGUUAUUAGUCGGGUUCUCAAACUUGGUGGGUUGUCGAGUGUGGUUUUGACGAGCGUUUAUUGUGAUUUGUUUUCGCAUGCGGAGUUCCUGUCUGGAGUAGCAUUUAGGAAGGAUGUCGAAGAGAGGAGGAGGUUUGGAGCGGUUGUCUGUUUGUUGUUUGGUGCUGUUAUGGGAGGGGUUUGGGCAAAGAGUGAAAUUGGCUUGAUGGGGGCGUUGUGGACGGCGGUUGGGUUGAAGGUGGUUAUUAUUGUGGCGUGGUUGGUUUGGAGGGAGGAUAGAGGCCCCUUCCGCGCAUGGCAGGAUCAAUUCCAACUUGGCCCCAUGAACAAGUUGAUCAUUCCGAAGCCUUAUCUCCAUUUUGGCUCCAAGAUAUUCAUUAAAUUUUCUUUUCCCAUUGCAAAGGCUUGA